UGGGAGAGUGGUUGGCAAAAUGGCAGCGCCUUUAGACGGAAUGGGAGGCCUGGGGUCUCUGGGGGCAACAGAAGCACUCUCAGUUGCACAAGCUCUGUCCCUGCCUGCAGAAGCCUAUGGGAAUGAUCCCAACCUAGAGAUGAUGUGGGCCAUGAAGGCCUAUCAGCACGCAGAAGUAUAUUUCAAUCUCAUAUCGUCUGUGGACCCCGGCAUUCUGAAGCUGACACGUACGGAUGAUGUAAUUUACAAAGCAUUUCGGGAGGAGUUUCCUGAACUUCAGAUCGCCAUAUUGGACCCUGAGGAGCUGAAGUCUCCAGCGGCCAAAGAGAAAUGGCGUCCCUUCUGCAUGCAGUUUGAGACCCAAGUAGAGGACUUUAACUAUGGCACCUUGCUACGGUUGGACAGCAGUAAAGACUAUUCUGAGGAGAACAGCAUAUUUGCGACCCGAAUCCAGUUUUAUGCCAUUGAAAUUGCACGGAACAGGGAAGGAUGCAACAAUGUCAUUUUCCGCCGCAAAUCUGCAUCGAGCUAGAACAUGUGUCUUCAACCACAGCAGCUUCACUGCACAGAGACAUUGGGGGGUGGGAAAAUGGGGAUCGUCCUCUUUGAGGUUUAUCUUGUUGUUUCACAGCCAUGGCCCCUGGCUUUCAUAGCAUCAGAACCAUGAACAGCAUCAGCCAUACUUACAAUCUUCUGCUAUACAAAACAACUUGCAGCCUUGUGUUCCAUAGCCUUCUCGAACACUUUUCUUUUUUUAAUGAAUACUAGUAAUAGUCCCACUUUGGCAGCUAAACAGAGGUACCAUUAAAUCUGAGAACCCGUGCAAUGGCUGCCCCAGAGGAUUUGUACAAGCGCCACUGUCUAGAACGAUGUUGCUGUUACUCUUUCCUGGACUCCCUAUUUUGAAAUAGGUUUACGCUAUACAAUAUCUUUCUGUAUAUUAAGUCGCUUGUGUGGCAGCUAAGCCUGUAACUUUUCAUUCUAGGCUUUUAUUUUGGCUGGAAGUGGCCCUAGGAAACAUCCCUUGUAAGUAAGGAUGCACCGAAUCCACUAUUUUGGAUUUGGCGGAAUCCCCGAAUCCUUCUCGAAAGAUUCGGCAGAAUACCGAACCGGAAUUUGCAUAUUUUUUUUUACUUCGUUUUGUCACAAAAAGUCACACAAUUUCCCUCCCCACCCCUAAUUUACAUAUGCAAAUUAGGAUUCGGACGAAUCCUGCUGAAAAAGGCAGAAUCCUGAAUUCGGUGCAUCCCUACUUGUAAGUAAACAGCCAAUAAUGAAUGGUAUUGGCAAAUCAGUAAUAGCUCACCCCUCUAUUGGGAGGGAGUAACAUUUUUCACACUAGCCCCAUAUGUAAUUAAAGGCACUAACUUUGCCCAAGACCCAUAGCAACCAAUGAGAUGUUUGCUUUUAAACAGGUGACCAGUAAAUUCAACCUGCUGAUUGGUCGCUAUGGGUUACUUCUCCUGGGCAAAGUUUGUGCUUUUUAUUACAUAACCCCCUUAGAUACGAAACUUAAUUGUGGGCCAGGCUCCGCCAAGUUUAGAUAAACAUGCAAAUAGCAGCUUAGGCGCCCUAAAGUUGGUGAGUGUGCCCUACCAUCCUCUCUUCUUGGGCAGCCCUACAGAAUGGAAAUAUCUGAACAUGAAGGAAAUUAUUGUACAUUCACUUAAACAGAUAAAAAUGAUGUAGAACGAAUAUUCUUGAGACAGUUGGCAAUUGAUCUAAGAGGCCCUGAAUAGAAAAAUAACAAGUGUUUCAUUACCGAGCAUUAGUUUUUCUUUUUUGCUGCAGUGAACCUCAUUUGAAAGAGGCAGAAGUUAAAAAGUUGCUAAUGUUAGGAUAUGGUUUAUACUAGUCAAACUCCUUCCAUCUGCUGCAACUAUUAUUAUAGUCUGCCAUAACAGCUGGUAAAACGGAUAUCAAUAAAACAAGCUGAACCAUUA